GAUCGUCACUAGUCGUGCUAGUACUAAUUAUGUAGGCGGCGCGCGUACACAAGUCAACAGACUGGAAAUCAACAGACUCAACUAGCGCUGUGGACCACUGUCCUAGUCUGGAAUCGUUCGUCGAACGACGGAACCCAAGCAACAUGAUGGGCGUCAGGCUACCUAACUGGACACAAGCUGUGUUAUUUGUUUGGUGUUGUUUUGCUGCACCACUGAUUCCGAACAGGAGCUUAUCUACCGGUCUGCUAGUUGCAGAAGGACUCGAAAGAAACAGUACAAACACUUCAUUUCCACCAGAACCAGCAUCAGAUUUUAGUUGUUUCAGCUUCGACUUUUUGAGGGUGACUUGUGAAUGGACGAGAGGAGGCCAGGGCCAUGAUGUCAGUUCCAACGAUGUCCUCAUGUAUAGAGGUGGAGGAAUUUGGACAGAAUGUGGUUACUUCAAGCUUAUUCCGAAAUGUAACAGCACCCAUCAUUGCAAGCAGGAAUGCUCGUCAUGCACUCGCUGCGAGUACCGCAUCCAAACCACCAAUGAUUUGGGGCUGACAGCGUAUUCAGAGGAGGUUGUUUUCAAUGUGUACAAAGACAGUAGGGUGAAACCUCCUCGUGAUCUUACUGUCACCAACCAGUCGUUUUCGGAGCUCCUGGUCAACUGGCGCCCUCCCGAUCCCUUACCAACUUACAUCAAGUACACCCUGGAGUACAGAUGGGAAGGUUCCUCAGCUGACGACAGCUGGCGGCGAAAAGAGGACAUUGAACGUGUCUCCUACACUCUGGGAGACCUGGAGCAUGCCUAUGGGCUGUAUUACGUCAGAGUGAAGGCAUUAAAGGACACUUAUACACCCACCAUAGAGAGUGUCUUCACCGAAGUUGCCCGAGGACGCACCACUGAGAAAGCGCCAAUAGAUCUUCCAGAACACUUCCUCUGUGUCGACGCACCAAACCAGAAGAAUGACACGAGGCACGUGCAUCUCUCAUGGAAGCCCCUGCAGAAUAAAUUCAAACUGAAUGGUGAGAUACUGGGGUAUGUCAUCACCUACAGCAGCAGUGAGGCCGGCCUGCCAACCAGACUGGAUGCAGGGGUGAACGACACCAACUACACAGUUUAUGAUCUAAAGAAAGAUCAUCACUACUCCUUCAGCAUACAGGCGCGCAACUCCAUGGGAACAUCGUCAAAGAAAGCGUCGUGUAGUAAAAUCAACCCUGUACCAGUUGCGCCUUCACCUGUUGGACCUGUAAUUGGUGUGUGUAUCACUAUUGUAAUCGUCAUUAUCUUUCUGAUUGUCAUCUGUUGUCGUGUCAAGAAGUCAAUCCGCAAAUUCCCAGCUAUCAAGCUUCCGUCCCAGCUGCAGGAAGACAACGAGUACCUGUCCGAGCACAGGAAUCGUGGUGCAGUCAGGGAGGUGGAAGUAUUUGAUGAGGUCAAGCCCUGUCAACUGUUUGUCGAUCUCGGCCCUAAACAGACAAACGUAAUUGACAUCUUCGACGAUAUGCCAGUCAUAACGGACGGCUUCCACAUCGGUGACAAACCGCGGGGUGCUGUUGGGUUUCAGAAUGACAUAAUUGACUUGGACAGCUUGCCCUUGCUGGGGUUGAAGGGCGAGCUGAUGCUGGAUGACAUCGCUUCUGCCACUGAGCCGCUCCUUCCUGGGUCAAGGAGAGAUGAGGACCCAUCAUCGGGCGAUGAAUACGGUGGAGCCUUGCCAAGCAGUCCCGUCAGCGUAGGCAGUGGGGGCAGCUACCUGGGCAUCCGAGACGAUGACGACAUGGUUUACUCCUGCAUGACCAAAGAGGGUCUGUCCCCAGUGGAGAAGGAGAACACGGAAGGCCAACGGGUCCUAGGUGAAAGACCUCCCGACUCAGCUCCAAGACCCCGUGUGGAUGGACUGCCAUUAUUGCAAUGGAGGAGGGAGAGUGUAGAGUCGGACGAAGACAAUUUACAAGAUGGAGACGCUGUUGAUUCAUAUACGAAAAUGUCCACCUUUCCUUCUCGGAGAGAGAACUCCCAUGCAGCAGCUGGUCCUGUGAGGAAAGACCCUCAAGCCGACAGACCCUCCACCCAUGGAGCAAUGCACUCAAAGGGAGCAAAGCACCCGAAGGCAUCUUCAAAGGCCAUCAAGAGUAAGGGAGCAGACCUAGCGGGGGCCACACAUGCCGGCGAUGGUAGCAUAUCAGACUACGUUCAGCAAGGGUUCGUCCCGGGGGCAGCAGCUCAAGGAGAUGGGGACUAUGACCCGGGUGAUCCUGCCGAUUCCUACAGUCGGCUCGGAUUACUUGAAGGGCCCAGGGCUGCUUCCUCUCCACAUGGCAUCAGCCUAGACAACAGUAACCAGGAUUCAGCUGUUCCUUCUGGCAAUCGGGGUGGAGAUGAUGAAACUCUUGCUGAACCAACCAUUGGACAAGAUAGCAGGACAGAGGACUCAUCAAAUCCCUUGAUAGGCAGGACCUCAGCAGCAGCCAGUGGAGCUGUUGUUCCUCUCAGUCAACUAGGCUCUGAACCCAGGCCUACCAACGAGGUGCUGGGAAUCCCGAACGUUGCCCGAGCGCAAAGCUUGGACUCUCUCUCGGAUGAUGAUGAUGAAGAAGGGGGGUUAACGUACGUAACAGUCGCUUUAGACUCCGACAACGACGAGAGUGUGAACGGAACUGAACAGGCGGACAUGAAUGGAUACGUCACCCAAGCAAUGAUGCCCAACAACUGGGAUGCUCCGACAGCCAGAACAGUCUCAAAUGACACAGUUAAUAAUGCUGCACCCUCCGGCUAUGUUGAUCAGGCACAGCUCUCUAAUUUUUCCCCGCCAUCUUUUGCCCGACCCCCUGUGCACAGCAAUCCUGUUCAAAUGAAUGGAUCGGCUGGCAGUGGCAGUGGUUACGUAACAGCAGCAGAGGCACGCGACAUCAUGUCACCUGGUCCCGAUGGGGGCCCGGUCAACGAAAACUUCACGAACAACAACAACAACAAUGGCAGGACUGAAAAUGAUGCACAAGACUCCAUACCAUCACAUGAUGACUCUGGACUGGACGAAGACAGAGGGUUUGUGGCACGGCAGCAAGCCACUGAAAUGUUGGCCGCACGUCCAAACGGAGCCACCGACACCAGAGACAUUGACGGCUUAGCCCCGACCCAGCCGGCAGGUCCCGGCUAUGUGACCACUGAUCAGCUUGCCAGUCUGCCCCUCCCACGUCCACAAGCGAAUGGUCAUGUGAACGGACAUCACAUGGAUCCAGACAGCGGCGAUUACGUCACUCAAGAUGAGAUGCUUCACAUGGCUGAAGCUUCCAGGAACCAGAGUGCCAAAAAUGCCAAUAGACAUGUUGGCAAAGAAUCUGGAGAACAGACUGACUGAGUUCUGGUUAAAUAGAGAGCUUACAAAGGGCGCCCUCAUUGUGCAUGGACAGGUCAUUUUUCUUCAAUAAUUUACACGAGUAGACACUAUUAUGGGAUGCUUUGCUGUUACGAGACCAAUUACAAGUGUUUUUUUUUAUUACCAAAUUGGAGAAUAUAAUAUCAAAGAACAAGAAUGUAUUGAACAAGGAAUAUUUUAAAGUUUGAUUCUUCACACUUCACCAAGCGAUAAGAGCAAUGUGACAGAGGUUUUUGAAUGAAACUGAAUAACCAUUUUGCCUGAGUACGACCAUCUAAUGGUUCUUACUUUUUAUAACAUACGUUUUUAAUCCAGCUAUAAUUAAUUAUGUAAUUAAAUCAAGAUACUGUUAUGUAAUUAAUCUAGAAUUGUGACUCUUAAGCACUUGUCCUUGUACUGUCAUUGUUAUUGUGUUUAUCUGAAUUGCUAGGCCUAGUUGGUCACAGAUGUGUCACGAAUUUGCAGUUGCGUUUUGCUCAUACCAGCA